UUUCAUCACUGGAAGUACUAAACUUUCUUCCAAACAAUGUUCAGGUUAAGAUUGUGAUUAUUGAUAGUGUUACUUUUCACUUCCGCCAAGAUUUUGAGGACUUGGCUCUCAGGACACGGUUACUUGGCGGAAUGGCUUUAAAGUUGAUGAACCUUGCAAAUAAAUAUAAUCUGGCGGUUGUCAUAUUCAAUCAAGUGACCACUAAGCAUAAAGAAGGUUCAUUCCAAUUAAGUCUUGCAUUGGGUGAUAGCUGGUCACAUUGUUGCACAAACCGAGUCAUACUGUAUUGGAACGGUGAUGAACGAAAUGCACACAUAGACAAGUCGCCUUCUCUGAAAUCAGCAUCAGCUCCAUUUUCUGUGACCAGGAAAGGGAUUAGGAAUACUGCUUCAAACCAUAAGCGAAUCAAAUUGAUGUAAGAUUUUGAAUUAGAUGAAGUCUAAGCAAUCUUUCAUAUUAUUUAUAUUGUAUGCAGCAUGCCUAUUCAAAGUGUACCUUCUGUGUUGUAGGGGAACUAUAAGAAACAUUGCUUAGACUAAAUUUAUGCUCCCAUUUGA